UAACGUCGGGGCUCUGAUGUAAACAGAAGCCGCUGGUGUCGAGGGGGGUGAGAGCGAUCACCAUCACUGUCACCACCACGACUAUAACUAUUACUGUUAUUAGGUUGCUGCCAGCUUCUCAACCACCGGGGAGAUAUGGGGGAGCAAAUCAAACUCAACGUGACCUUUGGCGGCGACACACAAACUUUCCUGGUGUGUGACUCUCAGAAGACGACGUGGGCGGAUCUGGAAGCUAUGGUACAAGUUUCCUUUGAUCUCAACAAUAUGCAAAUGAAGUAUUUUGAUGAAGAUAAUGAAGAAGUAUCUGUUAAUAGUGCAGAGGAGUAUGAAGAAGUUUUGAAGAGUGCAGUUAAACAAGGAAAUCAGAUUGAAAUGAAUGUUUAUGAAGUAACGCAACUGAAGGAAAAAGUGGAAAGCCAGUGUGCAAAACGAACCUUUGAAAAUAAUGAAAAGAAAGAGUCUCAGAAUAAGAAGGCUAAGAAAAAAGAAAUGAAACACUAUUCACAGUUGGUGAAAUGCAUUGGCCAAGGCAUGAAGGUCACAGAAGAAGCUAAAGGAAAGGUGAUGUCAAAAAAUGUAGAUCAAAGCAAGGAAAAUUGGCGAUUGCCUCCAGUUUGGUUCACACGUUACAUGGAAACAUUCAAAGAAAAGCUUGUGAAUGAAACAGUUGACCGAAUCUGUUGCGACUUCUUUGAGAAGGUGACCAUUCAACAGCAGGUGCAUGACCCAUUCAGUACUUCAGCUGCAUGUACUGUACAAGUUCCAGAGACCCGCACUACACAGAUUGGUUACCAUGAUUGGCUAAUGGCUUGUAGCAAUUGCCUGACUCGAAUUAUUGGAAUACGCUAUCAGUGCAGCAUUUGCCCCACAUACACCAUUUGUGAGUCCUGUGAAGCUGGUAACUACAGACAUGAUCCUAACCACCCUUUGCUGAAGCUGAGAAAACCUUCAACGUCUUUGCCUGAGCUUACACCAGCGCAAUUUAUUGGAAGUGCUAUAUCUGGUACAGCAGAACAAACAAGGCUGCAGAAACAAAUCGAUAAAACCUUUUGGAAAGCGGAAAAACAAAGAUUACGAACUGAAAAGAGGCAACGCAAAGCAGAGUUUAAGGAGAUUAAAAAGCAGUUAAAAUUGCAGAAGAAACAUUUGCAAUGGAAUGGUGUGCACCUUGGUGAGCACUUGAAUCAACCAACACAAGAACCUAAAAGAGUUCAGCGGGUUUCAGCAGUGCCUGUUAUUUUAACAUUAGGUGCUGAAUUUGUGGAUGAGAACUUUCCAGAUGGUACUUUUCUUCAGCCAGGACUCAAAUUUAUCAAACACUGGAGAAUGAAGAACACAGGCAAUGCUAAUUGGACAUCUGCUACAAAACUUCAGUUCAUGUGGGGCAACCUCAUCCUGGUUUCUCCUGCUAAAAAGGAAGUUUCUGUUCCAUUCCUACAACCAGGAGACAUUGGUGUUGUGUCAGUGGAAUUUGUUGCACCCACCUUUGAAGGCACUUACACUUCACAUUGGCGCUUAACUCAUAAAGGCGAGCAAUUUGGGCCCAGAGUAUGGUGCAGCAUUAUUAUUGACUCACCAUUGCACACUGAAGCUGUAGAUGGAAAUGAAACCUCCCUUUUUAGCUCUAUCAAGACUAGAUCUCCUGACAAUAGAAUUCAAGCUCCUUUGGCUGCGGGUAAUGAAGAGCAGCACGUUGCUCCUGAUCCUGAAGAAGUGGAAUGUGCAGGCACAGCAACUACACAAAAGCAGGCCUCCUUGAAUAAAGAAACUGAGAAACAACCAACUGUGCCUGAUCUUGAAGCAACAGAGUCAGCAAAAACAGCAGGCAUUGCGUUGGGCAAACUUCAGCGAAAAGACCAGAAUAGAGAUCUGUACACGAUGGUGCCAUCUGUAGACCUUCUGACUGCUCAGGACUUGCUUUCAUUUGAACUGUUGGAUAUAAAUAUUGUGCAAGAAAUGGAGCACGUACCAAACAACACCCCAGUUGACAUGACUCCAUGUAUGUCACCUUUGCCACAUGAUGGCCCACUGAUGGAGAGGCCAGGCUUAGGUCAGAUUGAAGAGGAAAGUGAAGCGAUUUUCAAGUCACGGUUUGAUAUGACACUGAUGGAGAAGCCAACAGAUCAUCCUCAUUUAGAAGAAGGCGAGGAAGACAUCAGUGGAACUCAAUUUGUCUGUGAGACAGUUAUUCGUUCUCUAGCUUUAGAUGAGGCACCUGAUUUGCUGCCACGCCGCAGGGGUAAACCUGACAGCUCCUCCCAAGAUCUGCAAGAAACCUGUUGCUCUGUUGGCAUCAAAGAAGGAAAACCUGGUGGGAUCAUUCUGACCACAGAAGAACAGGUGUUGCCAGAGAAAGAUAAUGAGCUUGAACCUGAUGUGGCUGAUAGUUCCACUGUAGAUGUUGAAGAGAAGUGUGACAUACAAAGCCAAGUGUCCUCAGAGUGUUCAGAGGAUUACAUAAUCAUCUUACCAGAGUGUUUUGAUACUAGUCGUCCUCUGAUAGAAUCUAGAUGCAGUUCUGCCGUUUCCCAACCUGAAGAAAUGGAGGAUGAAAUAGAAUUGGUAUCAGAUGCAGAGGUGAAUGAGAGUGCAAAUGGAGUUGAUGAAAACAAACUUCCGUUGCAAAACAUUAAUGACAUAUUGUGCACAUCUCAGACACUGGAUAUGGAGCCCCUUAAGCCAGAGGUGCUGUCUGCACCUUUACUCCACCAAAGGAAUGAUACUUCGACUCUAAAUUCAAAUGAAGUUCAGCCUGAUGUAUUGGUAAUGGCUGAUGUGGAGGAUACUGCAGUUACAUCACCUGUCCAUCAAGAAAACAAUGAGUCUACACGUUCAGAGAUAAAGUUUGCAGAACCACCAAAGAUCAUGAAAAAUAGACAGUGCCCUCAUUUAAGACACCACAGUGGGAUUGCAGGUGAGCUUGUGAAGGGAGCCCUGUCUGUAGCAGCCUCUGCUUAUAAGGCUCUUUUUUCAGGGGAUACCAGUGUGACUCAGGCUGAAGCAACAGAAAAUCAAACUGCAUCUAUGAUGGAUAUUCUUUUUGAAAUGGGAUUUUGUGACAGACAACUAAAUAUGAAACUGCUCAAAAAACAUAGCAACAAUCUUGUUGAAGUUGUCACUGAACUUCUCCACAUCAAUGAGAACAACUGGCAUGCUAAUCGGCAUUGAAUAUACACGUUUACAUGGAUCACAUCUUAGUUAACAUGAGCUGCCACAUUUUUUUGCACAAUAGCAGUAAUCAAGGAUAACACCCACACGACGAUAUCAAUAUUCUAAGAGUUCAUUUUCAGCGAUGUGCUCCAUUGCAUUAACGUGGAGCUCAUUUAUUAUUGAGAAAAGUAAUGUGCUUACUUUCUCUAUUCCAUAUUAAUCCACAAUUCACGACUUAGUGGAGGUUUUUAUAAAGUUAAAGCCAGAAGAAAAGCAGCUCAAGAUGUUUGUGAGUCUUUGAGUCUGUUUAAUUUUUUUUUUGAAAAAUUGGUCCAUGUUGUUGGUCCUCAUUACACUAAACUCAGAAAAUAGUACAUUAAACACCUCUUUGCAUUGCAACAUAAUGUAUAUAUUUGGUUUUGGAAAAGCAAUAUAACAUGCAGAGUAUGAUUCUGCGUACAGUUAAACACUACAGUAAAUGUGUAUCAAUGCAAUGUGUGUAUUAGGGACACGUUCUCACGAACAUGUUUUUUUAAAAUGUGAUUCUUCCAGGGCAGAACAUUCUAUGAGCUAAUAGUACCAUUUGGAUAGAUACAGUUGAAAGUUUGUUUCAGAUUACCCAUUUUGAAGAAGCAGUGUGAAACUACUUCUGCAGUUUGAUCAUCUUUUAAAUUUGCUGUAUAACUCAAAUAUUCAGUGUGGCUGAAACAUGCAUUAACAAUAAUAGCACUUGACAUAGCCCUUAUUCAUUUACUAAACAAGUCUGCUGUUAUUAGAGAUAUUAUUUAGGGCUGUGGAAAAUAGAAUGUGUGCGUUGUGCAUGGUUAAAUUCUUGUACUUGAUAAUUUCUUAAGCAGCCACAAUAUGCUUAACACAAAAUUCGAAGUGUCAUAAUCAGACUGUUAAAAAGCGUUAGUGUGAUGGAGGUAGGAAAAGCUUAAUUUGAAAAAAGAAUUCUUCUGGAAGUGGGUAAAAAAAAUUACAUUUUCUUAAUCUUUUAUUUAUCUUUUCUUCAAUUGGUUUAUUGUAUGGAAGUUAUGCAUUUUGGAAUAAUCAUUGUAGCUUUAGUUGGCUAUACUCAAUAUAUGCUUCUGAGGUCUGGUGUCCUCAGUAGAUUCGUCUCGGCUAUAUUGCAAAACUGACAUUUAAUAUUCUAAUGAUCUAGCCAUGUUUUGUGUCCAGUUUUUAGUAGCAACAUAUGGUAAUGUUUGGUUUGAAAUCACUCUGUAGGGCUUUGAAAUAAUGUAAUUCUCUUUAAAGGUACUUUUUCUGUUUAAGGACUGGAGUAUAUUAAGGAUUUUGUAUUGAUCCCAUUGCAGAUAAUUCCAAAUUUGUAGGAACCAGCCUUUGCAUGUAUUACAAUCCAUGCAAUGAUAUUAUCUUCUCCAUCCAAGUAGGCCAGCUAUUCUUUUUUUCAGUCUGGAAAUGUGGUAUUAAUUUGUGAUACUUGUUAGUUAAAUAUUCCGAUAAAACUUUGCUAUAUAGUUGGGAUUUGAAGAAUUCUGCUAAUACUGCGAUUCCGUGAGCUGUUUGCUCAUUCUAGCAGUUUCACAGUUUGGUACUUUUAAAGAAUUUAAUGUGUAUAUAAUCAUUAACGUCUACACACUUUUAUCCAAAGGUGGAAGCACAUGGUGGGAUGUGCAUGCCAACUGUUCUAUUACUCAAAAAAGCCUCUAACAACGCCAGAAUCUUGAGAUCUGACUUUCUCUCUCUCUCUUUUUCUCUCUCUCUUUUUCUCUUUCUCUCUCUCUCUCUCUCUCUCUCUCUCUCUCUCUCUUUCUCUUUCUCUCUCUCUCCCCCCCCCCACCCUUUUAUCCCUCACCUAUGAAGAAUAAAACUUUGUUCAAGUGGUUGGUUUCUGUGACUGAAUUGGUAAGCAGUGAUUUAGACAUUUUUGAUGAGGACAUCUGUAGUUAGAUUCAUUAAAAGUUGAAAAAAAAUCGAAAUGAGCUUUGGAUGAUCUUGGAGUUUCCAUAGUUUGGAACUAGUAUAAAUGUAGUUAAUUGGUUACCAAUUAGUUUUCCAGGGAAUCCUGAUCUUUGAGUAACACAAAAGUAAAUAUUGGAUACGCUAAAGGAAACAAAUACUUAACAUAAUGUCAAUAUGGACAGCCAGUGUUCUUGGUAAAAGAACAUUUUAGGCAAGAAGCAAAGUGCUUCUUUUAUAUAAACUUCCAUAUCCCGUCAUUAGUGAUUAAAAGAAAAGAAGUGCUGGUAAAUCCAUUUUUGAACUAUGUUUAUUAUGUUCAUCUUUUUUAAAAAAGUGAGCAUUUUAAAAUCUCUUUUAUAAUAAUAGCAUCAUAUUUCAGUUUAUGAUAUGGAAGUCCAGAUUCUCAAGAUUUGCUCAAUACCUUUAGAUCAAGUUUAGCUUCAUUGCUGCCAAGAUGAAAUCAGCGUUGAAGUAUCCAUUAAAAUAAGCAUUAAAAGCAAUAAGCAGAUAAGGUAAAUAAGAUUGGGUUUGAUUUCUGUAUUUGCCAUUUCUAAGAUUCUGAUAUGGAGGCUACAACAAUAUUUACAGUUUUGGUGGCUAUUUUGCAGUAGUUACAAAUGUCUUUUAAUACUUAAAAGUGUGUUCAUUAUAAGAAUUUCCACACUAGUUGCUAUUGAAGUUGUCCAUUCAGUAAGUUGCAGUACUAGUACACAAUAUGUUGGAUAGUUAAGGUGGACCUCCUGGACUUCUGUUAUAAUUAGCAUUCUACAAUUUUACUCUAAGCUGCAAGCCUUUAAAGGUCAUGAGUACUAUGCUGUACUGAAUUGUGUGUUGCUGUUUCUUUCAGAUAAUUGUGUGGUCCUAGUCUAGAAUUCUUGAAAUUGAUAUAUUGUAUCCUAUAGAAUGCAAGAAAAAGUUGCUGUUUCCCCUUAAACUUGCACCAUGACAUAAUUUGCAAAUUAGCAUCAGUUAUAAAAAAGUAGUUCAAAAUGUACAUCCAAUGACUAUGUACCUUUUUGAAGUGACACAAUUAUCAGUUUACCUUAAAAAUCAAGUAUUCAAACUAAAAUCAAAAUGCUUGCAUUUUUAGAGGAUCUAAAACUAAAAGAUCUAUUGGUAGAUCUGUUACUGUGUAGGAAUUCCCUGGUCAACAGGUUUUAUACUAACAAGUGAUUUACGUUUACACAGCUCGUCUUCACAGUAUGGGCUGAAUGAAGGGUGCGCACUUGCAUUAUUCAAUUGACAGGUUCUUCCUUGGUUCAAUUCCACCUUAGAAUUAAUGGCUGGUGAUAUUAUAUUUUGAAAUAAGAAUUGGAGCAAAAAUCCUUUAAUAAAAUUAAACUGGAGAUAAAAGUAUACUUCCAUGUUUCAAGGACAUAAUGGAUAUUACAUACAUAGGAGCCAUUGAGUUUUAAUUUAUACUGUUCAUUCAUAUUCUGCAUCCAUUCAUCCUUGCACAUAAUUUAUCAAAACAUUUGCAGUUUAUUAAGAUAAAAAUUAAUGCUUUAGUAACUUCUGAUGGCUUCAUUUGCACAUUAUCUAUAUUUGCAUGUAAUUGUCUUAAAUCAAUUUUAGAGUAUCAACUUGCAUAUAUUGCUCAACCUUCUUCACAGAUCUGUAUUUUUCUGUCCUUUUAAAAUGUGAUGUAAAUGAAUUUUGAAUCCCAGAUAAAUGAAUCAAUAAAAGUAUUGUUUAACUACAA